UUAAUGUCUUCUCACUCUAUCACAAACUCCAGCAAUUCUAAAUUUAAUCUGACUGGCUUUCCUGGCUUAGAAACUUACUAUGUGUGGCUCUCAAUUCCCUUCUCCUCUAUUUAUGCUAUCGUUUUCCUUGGAAACUGCAUGGUGCUCCAUGUGAUCCGCACUGAGUCAAGCCUGCACCAGCCCAUGUUCUACUUUCUGGCCAUGUUGGCACUCACUGACCUGUGCAUGGGGCUCUCCACCAUGUACACCGUGCUCGGGGUUCUGUGGGGAUUUGUUCACGAUAUCAGCCUGGAUUCCUGCAUUGCACAGUCCUACUUUAUUCAUGGUUUGUCCUUCAUGGAAUCGUCUGUUCUCCUUGCUAUGGCUUUUGACCGUUACAUUGCCAUUUGCAACCCUCUACGCUACUCUUCCAUCUUAACUAAUGACAAAAUCUUAAAAAUUGCAGUGGCAAUCAUUUGCAGGAGUUCUCUACUCAUACCUCCAGUCAUUAUUCGCUUGAGGUUUUUAAAUUAUUGCCGUCUCCACAAACUUUCUCACUCUUUCUGCCUGCACCAAGACUUAAUUAGAAUGGCUUGUUCAGACAUCCGCUUCAACUACAUCUUUGGUCUGGCCCUGGUGAUCUGCAACUUGUUGCUGGAUUCAGUGCUUAUACUCGUCUCCUAUAUCAUGAUAUUGCACGCAGUACUAGCUAUUGCUUCUCAGGAGGAGAGAAGUAAAUCCUUGCAGACCUGCGUGUCUCACAUCUGUGCAGUUUUGGUUUUCUACGUCCCGAUCAUUGGUUUGACCAUGGUUCAUCGCUUUGGGAAACAUCUCUCACCUCUGAUUCAUGUUCUCAUGGGCAACAUAUAUAUUCUUUUUCCACCUUUAAUGAAUCCUAUUAUUUAUAGCAUCAAGACGCAGCAAAUACGGAAGAGAAUCCAGGGACUAUUUCGCUUGAAAUGA